GCUCCUUUUUGUUUACAUCCGAGUAGUACGCUGGAAGCGAAUCUUGUUCGGGAAGAGUUUUGUGCCGCGAAAUGUCCGAUUCCGUCGUUUCCGGCAGGCAUAAGGAUUGUUUGCCUUGCCGGUUAGUCAGUGGAUUUGGUGUGAUUGGAAUGGGCGUAUACAUGGCCCUGCAGGCACAGAAACGACCAAAUAAACUUGGCCGCUACACGAUACACGCCGUAGCAAUAGCUGCCGGUGGUGUUGGAGUGGCACGGUUAUUCGAUGUAUAUCCGUUCGGACACAGUGCGGAUAAGUAGAAACGAGCCCCGGAGCCCGGAUGUUUAUAGUUUGAGUUGAGAGUUUAUUGUAAAAAUAUUGAAUCAUUCAAAUAAAAUCACGGUUUAUUCCCUACCUUA